CCCUUUCUUCAUUUAAGAAACUAUUUCACUCCUUUCUUCAUUUCAUUGCUAGGGUUUCGAAGUAGACAAAAAUUUCAAAACAAUGUCUGAAUCCUCUAUCGAUUCACUUGAAAAAUUGUAUGCAAGAAGAUGUCAUUGUGGUCUCAAUGCUUUAAAUUUGACGGCUUGGACUGAUUUGAAUGCAGGGAGAAGGUUCUACAAAUGUCCUAGACCCAAAGUCACUUCAUGUGGAUAUUGGGAAUGGCAAGACAAACAACAACUCCCACCAAGAGCAGUAACUGUUAUAAUGGACUUAAAGGGUAAAUUGGAUGUUAUGAAGGUUGAAAGAAACAAAUUGAAACGGAUUGUCGAUGGAAUGGAAAAAGCUGAAAGGGACAAUCUGGAAAUUUUGUUUGAAGAAAUGAAAUUUAUUUCAGCCCAAGAAGCUGGAAAAGUUAUGCUUUUGGAGAAGAAAAUCAAAAAAUUGAAAACUAUCAUUUUCAUUUCAUGUGCUUUGUUCGUUGUGUUUGUUGUAAGGAUCAUGAAGUGAAUGUAUGUAAGGAUCAAACACUUUAAAACUCAAUGUAUGAAUUGAAUAUUUGUUGUUUUAGUACUUAAGGAGUUUGAAUUACAAGUUUAUGUAUUAUUGAAUUUGCAUUUUGUAAUGAAGUUGUAGUACUUAUGGA